GUUCUUAUCGAUAACUAAUUAGAAAAGGCAGGUAGACUUCUGGCCGUAUAGAUUCUCACCUUAAUUAACUUACCUGCAUUACCUGGGAGUGAUGGUGCCCUUACUAGUGGUCCACUAGGCUCUAACCUGCAUUACCUGGGAGUGAUGGUGCCCUUACUAAUGGUCCACUAGGCUCUUACCUGCAUUACCUGGGAGUGGUCCAUUUGCUCUUCAAUUUCAUUCACCAGCCGUCUAGACUUCCAGUGGCGUACUAUCCUUGUAUCUGAAGUGGUAGUUGGAAGUGGUGAUGGCAUUUGAGGUGAAGCUUGUGAUAGCCGGGAUGCUGGCCACCCUCCUCACACUGGGAGGGUAUGAACACUUGUUCAACCUGGAGCCAAACAGGUGUGAGAUGACCUACAUGUUCCAGAAGCCACACUUCAUUCCCAUCCAGCUGCUGACAGAGGUGGCCAAGCAGUUCCCGCUGUAUGGCCUCUAUGUGUAUGGAGAGGGCGAUCUGGUGAAGGACCUGGAGGAUAAGAAGUAUGCUGGUGUGCCCGUCCUCUUUGUGCCAGGCAAUGGAGGCUCCCACAAGCAGGUGCGCUCCUUGGCCUCUGUCGCAUACCGUAAGUCCUUCGAAGACGGCAUCAACUUCCACUUCAACUUCUUCACGGUGGACCUGAAUGAGGAGCUGGCGGCGCUGUACGGGGCAGUGCUGGAACGGCAGACGGAGUUUGUGUCCAUUGCUAUCAAACACAUCCUUGGGUUGUAUGAGGGCCAGAAGGGCAAGCCGGAGAGUGUCAUUCUGGUGGGACACUCCAUGGGUGGCAUGGUGGCAAGGGCGGUGUACACAACCAAGCAGGUGACAGCCGCCAUGGCUCCCCUCAUCAUCACCCAGGCCACACCACACACCCGCCCUGUCCUCAUCCUUGACCCAUACAUCCAGAAGUUCUAUGAUAAGGUGAACACUUUCUGGAUGAUGGAGCGCGACUUUGACCUAAAGGAGGUGGUGCUGCUGACGGUGGGCGGCGGCAGGAACGACAUCCAGGUGCCCACAUCCCACACCAACACCCCCCUCGCUGACCUGGCUACCACCACUGCCAAUAUCCCAUCGUGCUGGCUGACAGCCGACCACCAGGCUGUGGUGUGGUGCUGGCAGCUGGUGAUGGCCACCAUGCGUGCCCUCUUUGACUGUGUGGACACCAACACCCAGCAGCUCACCACCAACAGGACUCAUAUCAUCGACGUGUUCGACUACCACCUCUCCAGGAAGAUCACAGGGAAACGAUACAAAACAUCCAGCUACCCACAUUCAAUACCGCUGGACAAGGAGGGUGUGUGGAUGGAGGCAUCUAAGAGACAGUUCACCCACACUGCCACCUCCACCCCGCGAAAGACCUACCUGGCCAUUCCGCUGCGGCCCGGCCAUCCCCAGUACCACCUGGCCACCAUCAUCGCCAACAACCUGGACAACAAAAACUGGGUCGUUGCCUGUGCUGCCUCUACCACCACCACCACCACCACCACCACUCAGAAGGGGAUGCAGAUGUGCUCGGUGGGCCUCAACCUGUCCGGCAAGACUCAGAAGAUGCUGGGCAAGAUGAAGUCCGUGGAGGUGGACCUGGCAGCGCUGGGAGAGGCCGGCUACACCCAUGUUGUUGUCUGCAUUCCCCCAUCUGAUGAGAAGGUGGGCGUGGCAGUGGACGUGCACAGCCAGACAGGUCGGCAGCGGUCCACGCAUGUGCCAUCCUUCCUGCGUUCCUUCACCCAGACCCUCGUUGUGGACACCACCCCGCAGAAGGCCCUGUCCUACAAUGUGACCCUUAACGGCUUCUCUGAGUCCUGGCAGUCGUUAAAGUUCAUUCUGCGGCCGCGCCAGAGUUGCCACAUGCAGGAGGUGCCCAUGGCCAGGCUGUACACCCCCUGGACACAGAAGAUCUCCUACAUACAGAACAGUGGCUCUGGAGUCUCCUAUAUAGCGGAGAUUGAUGUGCCCGCCCUUAACGCCAACUCGACGGCCAGUGUGCAGUUUGUCCUCAACCCAGAAUGCACAUACACCAUCCUCGUUCAGGGGAGUUUUGUGGGAGUGUUCCGGCGUCUUGUGCUGCUGUACGGCUACCAGAUCCCCGCCUACUGUGCUGUCCACCUCCUGCUCUCCCUCACACGCCAGAUGAGGGGUAUUGGAGAGCAAGGGUCCUGUCCCUCAUUCUUCACCUCCAUGCUGUCCCUCACUCCCCUGGCUGUGGUGCCCUUCGUUAAGGUGGCCAAUCUUGUCCUCAGGAACAUGGAGAUAGAGGAUGACAUGACCCUCCUGAGCACCCAUGGAGAGGACCUACCUGUGCUGCCCAUUGUGCUGUUCCUAGGAGGCCUGCCCUUCAGUCUGCUGCUGGGGGCACUCACCUGGGGCAUGAUACUCUUGGCCGGCAAGGGUGCACAGUCCUUCAUGACCAGGGUCCUGGGCCACACCAUCGGAGCCACGGACAUGCUGGCAGACCUGGCAGUGACUGGCCUGUCCCGCGUGCCAAUCAUUGUGGGAGCGGCACUCAUCUCCCUGGCUUACUCAACCUGCGGCACCCUGGCACUGUGCGUAGCGGUCAUCUUCUACUUUCUGAAGGUGUCUAAGCAAUAUGAGGAGUACGUGGAGCGGCUGGCAGCGUGUGUGAUACCAGGGCCGUCGGGGAGAGACGCGGCUGCCCAGCGCUCCCUGUCCAGGCUGCACUUCCACCUCACCCUGCUCAUGCUGGUGGGCCUCGUCACCACCCUGCACCUGCCCACCCUCGUCAUCUGGUCACGCCUGGUCAGAACCAACCUGCAGGUGACAGACGACCCCUCGCGGGAGGUCACCAUCAUCGUGCUGCUCGCCCUUUGCUUCCUGUGGCAGAAGAAGAUGCCGCAGCCCAACAGGAAGUACUACAAGCAGGUGUCAUACAUCAUUCACUUCCUGGCGCUAGUUGGCCUGCUGUUCGGUGCAGUCCACACCUAUCGCAUCUCGUACAUUGUUGCGGCGGCCCUGGCACUCACAGCUGCCCACCAGAUCCUUGCUCCCUUAGCUCCUGAAGACUCAAGCCCCGACUCCUGCGACUCUCCCACCCAGCCGUACAUGGAGAACCUGACCAGCGAGGACUCGGGUCACUCGCAGGCCACCACCCCUGGCAGCGAUCUCUCCAGGGACAGCUAAACUAGGUCACAUGAGGUCACGUGAGGUCGCCUGGUGUACUUAAAGUAGUGAUUUUUUAGUGCAGGGAUUAGUGUGUUGUUAGUGAGUGGAGCUUAGUGGCCUUGUGAUAACAGCUCAAGGUGGGAGGAAGGUGGUUUUUACUUAUGAUGGGCAGCAGUUGUACAUAUCUCCUUACUCUGUCUAUCUGUCUGUGUGUGUGUGUGUGUGUGUGGGUGUGUGUGUGUGUGUCAGGUGCUGGGGUGGUGUUGCGCCUGGCUGUCAGAGGGUGUCCUGUAAGAUCUGGUUAACAUUUAGCCUCAAAGGUUAACAAUAAUCCAAUUUGGUCUCAUCUUUAUUGAAGGUGCAGUGCUUGGCUGGUGAUUUUUAUUGAUUAUUUUAGGUCUUCCAGUGGUAUCUUGUCUUUCUGUCUUUGUUUCCUGAAGUGGCAAUAUUUGACUGAUUAUUUUAAGUAUUCUAGUGCUGUUUUAUCUCUUGUUAUCUUCAUUUUCUGAGGGUACAUGCUUAGCUCAUUAUUUGAACUAUUUCCCUAGUGUCUUAUCUUUAUUUUUUAAUGUGCAAUGCUUGAUAAUUUUAACUGCUUCAUUCAAUUUUAUCUUUGUUUUCUGAAGGUGCAGUGGUCAACUUAUGAAUUUAACUGUUCCAAUGCUAUCUGAUCUUUAUUUUCUCAAAUCUGCUUAUUUUAAUUCAGUAGUGUUUUAUUUUUUUUUUAUUUUAUCAGUGUGCAUUGCUUGGCUCACCAUUUUAACAGUAUUCCAGUAUCUUCUCAAGGUGCAAUGCUUGACUGCCAACUUGCAUUUCUCCCUUAUUUUAUCCUUUGUUUUAGUUAACUUUUAAAUUUUUCCAGCGCAUUUCAUAAUGGUACAAGGCAUCAUUCAUAUUCUACUAAUUAAACAUAAAUGGAACCCUAUUAAAGAAAGCGAGUGUUGAACCAAAUGGUGAUGACAACGAUGAUGGGAGACGAGAUAGUCAGUGAGGCAGUUUUUAACCCAGAGAGAGAGACACACACGUUUAUCAUCUGUAGGGCACCUGUAGAGCAUCUUUAGGACACCUCUGACAGCAGGAGACACCAAGACAAGUUGUUAUUAUCGUACUUAUAUUUUAUGGCUAUUUACGAAAGGUGAACUAGCAAUUAAUACUAUUUUAUGAUUUUCUUUUUAUUAUUAUUCUUAUUAUUUGGAUAUUUUGCUCAAUUAUCUUAACAUAAUUGGGCAUUUGAAGUACUUUUUUUUUGUCUUGUUUUUUAUUAUCUUUGCUUACCUAUUUUAUUCAUUUCGUUAUAUAAUUUUCUUUUUAUUUAUAUGUGUAAUUUAUCUAAUCUAUUUCUUUAUUUCAAAUUACUUAUUUACAUACGCAUUUAUUUCAUCUGUUUUAUCGAUCUAUUUAAUUUUAUCUAAUUUACCUAUUUUAUCAUGUGCCAAUUGGUUAAUGUUCCUUAUUUGAAAACAAAGGUUGUGCAUUAUUUAUUUAUUUAUUUAUUUAUUUAUUUAUUAACUGCUGCAUAUUUAAUGGCUCAGAUAUCGUGCUCAUAUUGCUGGUACAAAGUCUUCUUCUUCUUCUUGGGGUUUAUUUGGGUUACUAUCAACUCUCUUCUUUCUAUUGCUAUUAUUGUUAUGGCCUGAUGCAUUUACUUUGUUUUAUAUCCAUGUUUUAUCUGUGUUUUAUCUAUCUGUCUAUGUUUUAUCUAUCUUUUUUUUUUAUCAAUUAGCAGAGUGGUAAAGUUUCAUAUUAAUUUUUUUUCUGCCUUCAUUCCAUCCUUUCCCUCAUUGUUUUUUUUUUUUUCUUUCUUUCUUUAUCACUAUUGUUGUUUUUUUUUCUUUCUUUCUUUCUUUAUCACUAUUGUUGUUAGUAUUUUAUUUCUUUUGCAUUUAAUUUUUUACGUAUUCAGUUUUGCAAUAUCAGUUCAGGAAUUCGUUCGUUGUAUUGUUAAUUACAACAUUUCUUUUAAUCAGGGUUGGUAUUUUAAGUUAAGCUUUUUAUUAACAAGCAAAAAAAUAAUAAUAAUGAUAAUAAUAGUAAUUUUUAGGGAGACAAUGAGAACAAUCACGAAUUUUAAAACCUGUAUUCAAAAAGCAACAAUUUAUUAACAUUUCAUAUCAACAGUUAGACUCUAAUACUGAAUUAAUUUACUACUAUGAUCGUUAAUUCUUUGCAGACCUUCUUAGCUCUGUAAAAAUUGUUUGCCUAGACUCUAAGACUGAAUUAAUUUACUACUAUGAUCGUUAAUUCUUUGCAGACUUUCUUAGCUCUGUAAAAAUUGUUUGCCUGGGGAGACAGGGAAGAAAAAAGACAAGACAUAAUUAAAUUUGUCCAUUUUACGGUGCAGAAAUUUUUACGAAAACCUAAGAGAGAAAAACAUGUUAAUUUUGUAUUUUUACGGUACAGAAAUUUUACGAGAUUGUAAGAAGAGAAAACAUGUUAAUUUUGUCUUUUUAACCGUGCAGAAUUUACGAGAAUCCAAAGAGAAAACAUGUUAAUUUUGUCUUUUGAUUUACGGUGCAGAAAUGUUUACGAAAAUCUAAGAGAAAACAUGUUAAUUUGUCUUUUUACGGUGCAGAAUUUACGAGAAUCUAAAGAGAAAACAUGUUAAUUUUGUCUUUUUAGUGGUGCAGAAGUGUUUGAGAACCAUGCUAUUUAUUUAUUUAUUUAUUUAUUUAUUUAUUUAUUUAUUUAUUUAUUUAUUCAUUCAUUUAUUUUACGGUGCAGAAACGUUAACUAGAAGCUGACGAAGAGAAGUUAAUUUUGUCUUAUACGGUGUAGAAGUAUUUACGAGAACCUAAAUGAGAGAGCAGACAAGGUUCAGAAUGUCUUUUUAUUUGAUUGAUUUAUUUGUCUUAUUUUAUUUCAUUUUUAUUUUACCAGUAGAGAUAAAAGAAAAAAAAUAAGCAAACCAGUUAACCAUUUCGUUGACUAUCAAACCAAACCAGUGAUGAGUGGUUCCGAUAGAGGGCUGGGUUAUAAAGCCUAGCAUUCUUCUUUUUCUGCAUUUAGUUGAUCUUUUCAUUAUUGUUAUUUAAUUUUUAUUUUGUAUUUAUUUUAUUAUUUAUUUGUUCAUUUAUUUGUUAUUAUUUAUUUAUUUUUUUUUUUUUUUACAAAUAGGAAUAAAAGUGACGUGUGGGAACCAUUCAGUAACGAUCAAAUACAAACAAUUAUGGUUAAUAUAUUGCCCUUCCCUGCAUGUUAUUUUUCUUUAUAUUAUUUAUCUAUGUAUAUUAUUUAUCGUAAUUAAUUUUACUAUUAGGAAUAAAAACGAACCAACCAUAUCAAUAACAAACACAAUAUAGAACCUUAGAACAUCUAUAGACUGUUGAGUUAUGAGUCAGGAUCCCUCUUCCCUUGCAUUUGUUAUUUGCUUAUAUUACUACCAUUCAUUCAUUUAUUUCUUAUUAUUUACUUUACCAGUGCAAAUAAGAAUGACAGGAUAACCAUUUCAGUAACAAUCAAAUACAAGAUAGAGUGUUGAGUUGCAGGAGUUAGGAUCCCCUUCCCGUGCAUUUGUUACUCUCCACGUGACGUCGACUGGUUCCUUUCGCUUGUUACGCAGUAGUGACGAGCAGAGGGGCAUCAUGAUAAAUGUUGUUAGUUUGACUCAUCCAAGACCCACUCAUAUACUGGUCUACCUAAGUGGUUCGAUAAAGAGACGAGGAGGAGUAACUAGGGUGGAUAAUGAAUAAUAAUAAUAAUAAUAAAGUUAAUGAAUAAUUGUUGUGGUGUUUAUUGUUCUGUUGAUUUUUCUUUUACGGGAGAGUGAGUGAAUUAUAUGUCAACACCUGAACACACACUCUCUCUCUCUCUCUCUCUCUCUCUCUCUCUCUCUCUCUCUCUCUCUCUCUCUCUCUCUCUCUCUCUCUCUCUCUCUC